AUGCCUGUGACUACACCUACGUGGACUUCAGACCUUAAAGACCUCGACAAUAUCUGCCAAAGCCUUCUCCUGGAAAACCUUCAGCUUCAACAAGACCAAAUGCCUGGUCCUGCAUUUCAGUCACGACAACCCCAUGGAGUGCUCCAGGUUAGAGGAGGAGUGGCUGGAAAGCUGCCCAGUGGAAAAGGACCUAGGGGUGCUGGUGAACACAAGCCUGAUCACAGGCCUGUAGUGACUGAACACAAGCCUGUAGUAUGCCCAGGUCACCACAAAUGCCAGUGGCAUCUUGACUUGGAUCAGCAACAUCAAGAACAGCAGGGGCAGGGCAGUCACUGUCCUCCUGUACUUGGCACUGGUGAGGUCACACCUCAAGUGCUGUGUCUUUCUGGACCCCUCACAACCAGAGAGACUUUGAUGGUAAAGCGAGUCCAGAGAAGGGCAAUGGAGCUGGGGAGGGGUCAGGAGCACGAGUCCUGUGAGAAGCAGCUGAGGGAGCUGGGGGUGCUUAGCCUGGAGAAAAGGAGGCUCAGGGCAGACUUUGCUGCUCUGUGCAACAGCCUGGAAGGAGGCUGUAGCCAGGUGGGGGUUGGCUUCUUCUUCCAGACAAACAGUGACAACACAAGUGAAAAUGGCCUGAAGCUGUACCAGGAGAGAUUCAGGUUGGACAUCAGGAAGAAUUCAUUCAGUAAAAGAGUGGUCAGGUAUCAGAACAGGCUGCCCAGGGCAGUGGUGGAGUCACCAUCCCAAGUAUUCAAGAAAUGUCUGGAUGUGGCACACAGUGGUUUAGUUGGCAUGCUAGUGUUCAGUCAAAAGUCGGACUCAAUGAUCUCUGAGUUCUUUUCCGACCUUAAUGAUUCUAUGAUUUAG